UAUCUAUUAUGAAUUUCUUAAAUAACCAAAGUUAGCAAGCUAAUAGGGAACGCAGCUCGACGCUUUGAAGUGACGGUCGCGCUUUUAUUUAUCCGUCUUCGUUUUCUUAUCCUAUGCAUAUUUGAGAUAUUUCAUUACGUAUUGUUCGAUUUAAUCUCGACGCCCACUACAUUAAGAACAUAACUGAACUCUUUCGUGGUUUUUGUUUCACUUUGCCAAAUCAGGAAAGCAGCAACAGAAUAAACUUUUCAUGAGGAAACGUGUGGGAAAUGAACUUUAUUUUUAUUUUGAUCUCUGCGAGUAUUUUGCUCGACUACGGUGUGUCUGGUGUUGGAUUAGAUGAAGUGUCAGUUAUGGAGGGAGAUUCAGUCACUCUAUACACUGGUGUUAAAACAAACCAGCAAGAAAAAAUUAAAUGGUAUUUUAAUGACACUCGUAUCGCUCAAAUCAAUGGAGAUCUCAGUUGUAUCUGUACAGAUGUUCAGUGUAAUGAAGGCACUGAGAGAUUCAGAGACAGACUGAAGCUGGAUCAUCAGACUGGAUCUCUGACCAUCACACACAUCAGAAACACAGAUGUUGGAGAAUAUGAACUAAAAAUCAUCAGCAACAAUAACAAUGACAGGACCUUUAAUGUUUCUAUCCAUGAUUCUCAUAUAGAAACUCCAGUACUGAUUCAAACUUCAGGUGAUAAAAAAAUAAAAGUUUUGAUUAUAUCGGGCCCGCUACUGGCUGUGGUCAUGGUAACAGUGAUUCUCUACAGGAAUUAUAAACAAAUAAGGCUAAAGAAAUCUGACAAUCUUAAAACAGAUCCUGAAAUACAGAGAGAUGAUCCAAAACAUUCACAGAUCAAACUCCAGAAGCACAGACUCAGGAAAUCAUCAGCAUCAACAGAAAUGGAAAAAAACCUAAUAGGAGUUAUUCCACAUUUCUGUCUCUGGUUACACUGCAAACAGAAAAAAUGAUUCUGAGGCACACACUUUUACCGAAUAGCCUUUCAUCGCAGCAUAAGGAUCAUGGCCUUGUCUGUAUCAGAUCAGCCCAUGUGUCGUCGAGACUCAGCGUUCAUGUAUUUCAUAACGUCGGGUAAAAAUGUUCCUCUCUGUUCUUGAAAAUGUGAUGGUUUGCAUUGAUUAUCUUUCAAUUGAUUACGAAACUGUAAAAAUAUAUUUACUUGACAUAAUAAAUUGUUAUAUUUGAUUAUUCUAA